AUGCGGGCUGUCGCCGUCCCACCAGACCUUGUCACCGUGAAUGCAGCCAUCGCUGCUUGCAGUUUAAGGGGUCGCUGGACAGAAAGCCUUGGGCUCCUAGCACAACUUGCUGAAGGAAGCCUCGGGGAUGUGAUCACGGUUGGCUCAACGGUGAUGGCGUGUCAGAAAUCAGGGCACUGGGAGGUGGCACUUGCCUUGCUGCGUUUCGCCGCCGGUGCCUCCAUCGAGCUCAGUGUGACGGCCUGCAAUGCAGCUGUAAGCACCUGUGAGAAGGCUGCGCAAUGGGAAGCGGCUGUGGCGUUGCUGGUCGCGAUGGAGGAAGCCAUUUUGGACAGCGACUGCAUUACAUACAACGCCGUCAUUGGUGCCUGUGACAAGGGACUUCAAUGGCUCAUGGCCUUACAGCUCUUGAGACGAAUGACUGAGAUCCAGCUGCAACAUGAUCGAAUCUCCUUCUACACAGCCAUUCAUGCCUGCGAAAGUUGUGGCAACUGGCCUAGUGCACAGGAGCUGCUGGCAGAGAUGUUGGAACUUGGCAUCCAAGAUGGCCUUGGAGCGGACAACUUGAACCGUCGAGAGUACUUGCAUGCUUUCCAAGCGGGUGAUCCCAUUGACUGCUUCAAGCAUGUUGUACUCCUAUCAUUUUGGCAGCGGUUGGCAGUGGCUGGCGAUCCUCUGACGUUUGUGGACGCCCAUGCGGGCGCGGGUGUCUACGACCUCUUGCAGGGUGCUGCGACAUUUCAUCGGAACUAUCAAGAUGGGAUCCAGCAUCUUGAUGCAAUCGCAAAUGAGCACAACUGUACCACAGUCGUGAUGCGUUACUUGCAAAGCUUGCGCUAUUUCAAUCGACAGAAGCACGUUGAAGGAGGUCACACAGCUUGGCCAGAUCAGCUCCGAUUCUACCUGGGUUCUUCUGGACUGCUGAAUCUAUGGCUGCGACCACAGGACAAGGCCGUCUACUUCGAGGCUUCUGAUUCUGUGAUGCAGCAUUUGAAGCAACAUUUGGGAGGUGUUGAUGUUUCAACCCGAGGGCACUGCGCUGAAUUGAGAUUGUUGCAAGCCGAUUCCUAUCGGUGGCUCCUAGAUAUGAAUGAGACAGAAGCGUUUGGCAGAGGGCUGGUCCUGCUUGAUCCACCUUACGACUCUGUAAACUCGUAUCAUGUCUGGAAUCUCUUCAUCAUAAAGCACAUUCGGCAUACUUGGCCUCUGACCUCAGUUGCUCUGUGGUAUCCCAUCAUUGACAGUUCCCAGACGGAGAACUUUCACACACGCCUGGCUGAACUAGGUGAAGACAUUCUGGUGGCAGAAAUCGAGGUUGAAAGGCCACAUGAGCAGCAGCAGUCGAGUGCUGGGAUGGCUCUUCUGGCUGCUCCACCAGAAUUGGAGCAUGUGCUCGAGUGCGAACUAUCGGCUUUAGCACAAAUGCUUGCUUCCAGCAUCUUGGCCGGUCCAUACCAGCGGAAUGUCAGAGCAUCAGUCUUCUGGCUGCGGGAUAAAAAAGUUGCAGCUGGGCAAAGCCUAUAG